UACAUGAAGCGCCUCUACAAGCGAUCAGCGACCAAGGAUGGGAUCCCAAAGCCAUCCAGAGGUCACCGUUAUAAUACUGCCAGACUUUUUAGUCCACGCUCUGAAAGCCACAUUCCUUCCGAUACAGGGCAUGCUUACUCUCUGGAUUUGUUCUUUAAUCUGGAUCAUGUUGCUGUUCUAGAGCAGUUGCUUAGAUCUGUGUUACUCUACUCCAUAGACAGAGUUGCACCACUGCCCUCUUUUUGUAGCUUCCAGCUCUUAGUCAGAGAGGAAGAGGACUCUGGAAAUCUGAUGUGCUUCAAUACCCCACAUUCAUUUGAAUUUGAUCUAGAAUUCAAGAAUAACAGCAGGCAUCGCUGGAUAGAGGUCGAUGUGACUUCUUUCCUUUAUCCAUUAAUCAGUUUUCACAAGAAGAACAUCCACAUGACUGUGAAUAUUGCAUGUAGGAAAGAGAAAAUGCAAGAAAAGAGUUUUGAAGAACCUGAUGCAUUGCUACUUAUGACUCCUUCCCUCCUUCUGUACUUGAAUGACAGCAGUGAACAAGCCAACCAAAACUGGAAUACAUUUGUGCAUCAAAGUAGAGAAUGGUAUGGUGGCAGCAGUAUACUUCUGGGUCAGAACGAAUCCACUGGAGAGCAAACACAGAGGAAGCAAAAAUCAACUCGUGUCCGCAGAAGUCAAAGUAAUAGUGCAGAGCAAAAGAAUCGAAACCCACCAUCAAGCUCUACCUUAAAUUUCAUUGAGCACUACGAAAAGAUGGAAUUUCCAACAAAUGAGUGUGAUCUUCAUGACUUCCGACUGAAGUUCAGCCAGUUAAACUGGCACCAUUGGAUCAUUGCACCCCAUAGGUAUAACCCUCAUUACUGCAAGGGUGAGUGCCCAAGAGCGGCAGGGCAUCGCUAUGGCUCUCCUGUUCACACAAUGGUGCAAAAUCUCCUAUAUGAAACGCUGGAUGAUUCCAUUCCUAGGCCUUCAUGUGUUCCUUCAGAGUACAGCCCUCUGAGUGUCUUAACAAUCGAGACAGAUGGCUCAAUAGCCUACAAGGAAUAUCAAAACAUGAUCGCUAUUAAAUGCACUUGUCGCUAGAUCCCCUCUCAUUUAAAGUAAACACUUUGUCAUUUCAAAUGUAAAGUUGAGAAGCUGUCCUAAUACAGUACAAUUCAUUAAACUGCACUCCUCAGGAAAUAG